CCCUCCUUUCUCUUCCCGCCCCCUCGAACCGCCCCCCCCUCCCGGAUGGGGGGAAAAAAAGAUGUCAGCUCCUCCGCCGUAGUAUUGCUCCUUAAAAACCCCUCUCUCUGAAAAUGACAUGCCCUCGCAAUGUAACUCCCAACUCGUACGCGGAGCCCUUGGCCGCGCCCGGCGGAGGCGAGCGCUAUAGCCGGGGCGCAGGCAUGUACAUGCAGUCGGGGAGUGACUUCAACUGCGGGGUGAUGAGGGGCUGCGGGCUCACGCCCUCGCUCUCCAAGAGGGACGAGGGCAGCAGCCCCAACCUCGCCCUCAACACCUACCCGUCCUACCUCUCGCAGCUGGACUCCUGGGGCGACCCCAAGGCCGCCGCCUACCGCCUGGAGCAACCUGUUGGCAGGCCGCUGUCCUCCUGCUCCUACCCACCUAGUGUCAAGGAGGAGAAUGUGUGCUGCAUGUACAGCGCGGAGAAGCGGGCCAAAAGUGGCCCCGAGGCAGCGCUCUACCCCCACCCCCUGCAGGAGUCCUGCCUCGGGGAGCACGAGGUGCCCGUGCCCAGCUACUACCGCGCCGGCCCCGGCUACCCCUCCGCGCUGGACAAGCCGCCCCACUGCGCCGCCGGCACCAACGACUUCGAGGCCCCCUUCGAGCAGCGGGCCGGCCUCCACCCGCGCGCCGCCGAGCAUCUGGAGUCGCCCCAGCUGGGGGGCAAAGUGAGUUUCCCCGAGACCCCCAAGUCUGACAGCCAGACCCCCAGCCCCAGUGAGAUCAAGACCGAGCAGAGCCUGGCGGGCGCCAAAGGCAGCCCGUUGGAGAGCGAGAAGGAGCGGGCCAAACCCGCCGCCGACUCCAGCCCGGACACCUCGGAUAACGAAGCAAAAGAGGAGAUAAAGGCAGAAAACACCACAGGAAAUUGGCUGACAGCAAAGAGCGGAAGGAAGAAGAGGUGCCCCUAUACUAAGCACCAGACGCUGGAAUUGGAGAAGGAAUUUCUGUUCAAUAUGUACUUGACGCGAGAGCGCCGCCUGGAGAUUAGCAAGACCAUUAACCUUACAGACAGACAAGUCAAAAUCUGGUUUCAAAAUCGCAGAAUGAAACUCAAGAAAAUGAACCGAGAGAAUCGGAUCCGGGAACUGACUUCCAAUUUUAAUUUCACCUGAGCACUCGGCCUCCCCUUCCUCCUCCCCUCUCCCCCACCCCUCUUUCCCUCUCCCCGCCCCUCCUCCCUUUGUGCCUGGUGGUAUAUUUUUUCCCCUCCCUCAGUAUAAAUGCAACGCGCCUGUGAAAAAAGGCAAAGACCUCAGACUCUCCUUCCGAGGGACCAGUGGUUCGUGUUGUGAAGAUGCUGUCCACCUAGAGCAUGAGAAACGGGGUGCAGGGGGCUGGGUGUGGCGUGCCUGCAUAGCUAAGGGCGGGAGCGUGACUGGUGUGCGUGUGAACCCCUCACUCACCCACGCACUCACACACACAGCAUCCUGUUCUCUAUGCAAAGUUAAGGUCGAAUACACACAGUUGGGGGGGGGGGACGGAUAAGGGUAAGAGGACAAAAAUGAACCAGAGAAGGUCUGUAAUCUCACAGAGCACAGUCAGAAUCGCUCCUUUCUUGCUGUAUUUCCCCCUUAGAAUAGGCGUUUUGGGAAGUUCGGCUAGUGUUCGUGUGUUCAUCGUAGCGCCCAGCACCUCCACCAAACCCCUCUCCCUGUCUUUAUCUCCCAGUCGCUCUGAGAAUCUGCUUGAAGUCUUGUAUUUGUACUGCUUUCUGCAUUUCUCCCAUCCUCCCAGCACCCCACACCCUCCAUCCACUGACAUCUGAACAUUCCCAUCCAGAGGAACAAAACAUUUUAAAAAAUAGAGCAUAGUGAAGCAAAGAGAGACCCCCCCCUCCCGCCAUCACCCAGCCCCUGUCUGGCAGUUGUGUUAUUUAAAGAUAUUCUGUAUGUUGUAUCUUUUGCAUGUAGCUUCCUUAAUGGAGAAAAAAAAAUGCUAAUAAAUUUGCAGAAUCAUAAUCCUCAAA